AUGGAUACUGAACAGUAUGCUGGUAGCUCGGCCGCCGCAACGGCCAGCGCAAAUCAGCAGGACAAACGCCCUCCAAGCCCCCCCUCGGAGGAAAACUCGAUCGCGUAUGGCGGAAAGGACCUGCUCCACGGGGAAAAGGUGGACGAGGUGCUGGCUGCCAAAAUGGCCCUGGUCAACGACACCAUCGACGAGAUCGGAUUCACCCGCCACCAGUGGAAGCUGUUCUGUCUUAAUGGCUUCGGAUACGCCGUCGACUCGCUCAUUCUCCUGCUCCAGUCCAUCAUCGCCGGCCAGGCGGUGAAGGAGUUUCACCCCGGAUACGAGACCGGCCUGACGAUUGCCGUGUAUACGGGUAUGCUGGUGGGCGCCCUGUUCUGGGGGUUCUCUGCCGAUAUCAUCGGUCGGCGGUUCGCUUUCAACGUGUCGCUGUUCAUUUCGAGCGUCUUCACGAUCGUCGCCGGCGCGGCGCCGAACUGGAUUGUCCUGGGGUUGUUUACAUGCCUGAGUGCAUUUGGUGCUGGGGGGAACCUCGUGCUGGAUACUACCGUCUUUCUCGAGUAUCUCCCCAGCAAGGAGCAAUGGCUGUUGACCCUGAUGGCCGCCUGGUGGGGAGUCGGCCAGCUGAUUGCCGGUCUGUUCGCCUGGGCUUUUUUACCCAACUUCUCCUGUCCAGAAGACGGCCCCUGCACCCGGGAGAAUAACCAAGGCUGGCGCUACGUCUGGUUCGCGUCCGGGGCGUUUGUAUUCGUCCUGUCCAUUCUGCGGGUGACCGUCGUCCGAUUGGAAGAAACCCCCAAGUUCCUCCUGUCCGAAGGCAAAGACGAGCAGGUGGUGCGCGUGCUGCAGACGAUUGCCACGCGCUACAACCGGCCCUGCAGCCUCACCCUUGAACGACUCCAAGCCUGCGGACCAAGCGUCCCGCGCGACACCAGCACGAUGGCACUCACCCAGCGCCUGGUCUCUCUCCGCGAGGUGCGCUUCCACCUCAAGGGGCUGUACGCGACGCGGAAGAUGGCGCUCUCGACCAGCCUCGUGUGGCUGUCAUGGCUGCUCAUCGGACUCGCCUACCCGCUCUUCAACGUCUUCCUCCCGGUGUAUCUGCAGUCGCGCGGCGCCGAGUUCGGGCAGGACAGCCCGUACAUCACGUGGCGCAACUACGCGAUCACCAACAUGUGCAGUAUCUGGGGCCCGGUGCUGGCGGGGUUCAUGUGCCGUUCGCGGUGGUUCUGGGGCCGUCGCGGGACGAUGAUCAUCGGGGCGUUGGUGACGAUGGUCUUUUUCUUCUGCUAUACGCAGGUGCGCACGGCCAGCCAGAAUGUGGGAUUCACGUGUACGAUCAAUUUCUGCCUGAACGUGUAUUAUGGGACGCUGUAUGCGUAUACCCCAGAGGUCUUCCCCUCGGCGCAUCGAGGCACUGGAAACGGCGUUGCGAUUGCGCUGAACCGCGUGAUGGGAAUCACCACCACGUCGGUGCCAAUCUAUACCUGCGCAGCGCUGUACAUCGUGAUGGCCAUUAUUGCGGCCAUCUUGCCGUUUGAGCCAUUUGGGCGACGGAGUAGUUGA